GCCUGUUCCACAACGGUAUAAACGUACUAAAAAAAAAAAGUAAUUUUGACUUGUGACAUUCAAUUUCAUAUACAAAAUAAUUUAUGUUUUUGUUCUACACUUACAGUUUUUAUUAUGAAAUAGGUUUUUAUUGCUAAAGGUAUUCUCUCAACAAAUUAUUUAGAAAAUUUACUAAAAGCAAUUCUGAAUUUUAUUUAUGAUGGAUGGACCAAUAAGUAAAAAACGAAAACCCAACACUGACAAUGGCAAAUCUAUACAUAUGCAGACAUUGAAAAAUGAGAUAUUGGAUUCCAAAACUGAAUAUAAAACUAAACCAAAGAAACACAUACCUAAGUUUCGUUUGAAAACUGCUGGAGAAAUUGCAUCAUUGUCCACACCACAAAAUGAACGUGUACCAGUUAUGCUUACAGAUAUACAGCAUUUGCUUUUACAUUCACUUCUAGGGAAUUUAAAUUUAUCUAUUCCACCUCGCUGGUACGUAUUGGAAAAAUGUAAUCAUAUAUGCCAAACAACCUGUCUCAUAUUGGAAGGAAUAUCAAUUCAACAUUGGGAAAAGCAUGCAAAUAAAUUUGUACAAACUCGAAAAAUAUUUCAUGAUUUUGUAGAAAUUCUAACACCAUCUGUUUAUAAUGGAUCGUUAGUGCAAGAACUAGCCUUAGUGCCUUUAUCUGAAGUAGAUAAAGAAGAAAUUAUCCAGAAAUAUGGAAGCAUGAAUUUAGCUCUUGAAGCAAGAAAAGAUUUGAUGAUUAUGAUGAAAGCUGUUUUCCCAAUUAAAGAUCAACAAAUAGAGUGCAUUGAUUAUGAAGAUAAAUUUCCAAGGACACAAUUAAUGUUAUCAGCUUGGCAACUUAUUGAAGAAAAUUACCCAGUGCCAUUGAAGGGUAAAUUAAAAAAUACAUAUUCAGAUUAUGUUAUGACAAAAGAUGAAUACAAACCUGUUACAGCUAAGUCUCCAAUGUUUGGAUUAGAUUGUGAAAUGUGUAUAACAAAUGCAGGUUCAGAAUUAACAAGGGUUUCAAUAGUUAAUGAAGAACAUAAAACCAUAUAUGAAUCUCUUGUAAAACCUUACAAUAAUAUAACAGACUAUUUGACACGAUAUUCAGGCAUUACAAAGUCAUUAUUAACUGAUGUAACUAAAAGACUUAAAGAUGUCCAGAACGAUAUAAGAGAACUGCUUCCAUCUGAUGCUAUUCUAGUUGGACAGUCAUUAAAUAUAGAUUUACAUGCAUUAAAAAUGAUGCAUCCAUAUGUAAUAGAUACUAGUUUAAUUUAUAAUUUCACAGGAGAAAGAACAAGGAAGCCUAAGCUAAAAGUAUUAGCAAAAGAAUUUCUCAAUGAAGAUAUUCAGUCUAGUAAAAAAGGACAUUGUUCUGUAGAAGAUUCUUUAGCUUCUUUAAAAUUAGUGCAAUUAAAAUUAAGUAAAAGUAUGGAGUAUGGAGACGCAGUUCACACCAAUAGACAAAAAUAUAAAGAAAAUGCUAUCAAGAUUUCUAAAACACCAGAGGUUGCUUUGUCUAUAUUUAACCAUAUGAUAGAACAGAAGAAAACAUCUAUAAUUAUUGGUUGUGAUGAUAUUACAGGGGAUUACCAUACAUAUUUAACACAAGCUCGUGAAAGUCUGACUUCCCAGUUCAAGAAUGGAAAAAUAAAAAAGGUGAAAUUGAGCACUGUUGAUGGAGCAGAAGAAGUAAUCAGCAGUCUUAGUAGGGCUGUAAUAGAAUACAAUUUUGUAAUGGUUCAUUUAAAACCAGUAAUAGAUAGCAAAUCUGAAUGUGAACAAUUUGAAACUAUUGAUAGGUGGAUUGAUACUGUUUGGAGAAGUGUGAUGCAAUGUGCUUUGUGUGUUGUUGUUUUAAGUGGUACAACCACAGACAAUGGUGUUGCUAUGAUGAGAGUAAAAAGUACUUUGUAAUAAUUCUAUUAUAUACAAAUUUAUGUUAUAUGGUAAGAGUAAAAACCAAAAACUGCUA